AUGGUAGCCCUGGAUCUAGAGAAGGCGUACAACCGAACCUGGAUUCCAUUAGUUCUUAAAACACUAGCUGACUGGGGGGUAGACGGCAACCUGCUGCACUUUGUUCAAAACUUCGCGACAAACCGGACCUUUGAGGUAAAAGUCGGGAACACCAGCUCCAGGCGCCUUCAUGAUGAAACUGGUGUACCUCAAGGUUCCGUCUUAGCCGUCACCCUCUUCCUGAUAGCGAUGAACAGCCUGUUCCGGGUUAUACCGAAGGGAGUAUGCGUAUUCACGUAUGCGGACGACAUCCUUUUGGUAGUGGUGGGGAACACGCACAGGGCACCACGCAUCAAGAUCCAGGCAGCUAUGCUAUCGAGUGGUCACAUGGUGGUAUGUAGUCACAAACACCAAGGUUGCAAUUCAGGAGUCAAAAUCUACAACGACCGCAUUCCCCGCCGUAGAACGUUGAGAAUCCUGGGAGUGGUGGUCGAUUGCAACCUGAACUUCCAGCACCAUUUCGACGAGGUGAAGAAAAGCUGUGCCACCCGGUUAAACCUCUUAAAAACCAUCUCCAAACCUCACCGAAGUAACAACCGAACGAUCCGUUUACGGGUGGCCAAAGCCAUCAUCAAUAGCCGCCUCACCUACGGUCUCGAAGUGACAUGCCUGGCCAGAGAUAAACUCCUAAAAACUCUAUCACCGAUUUACAACAAUGCACUACGGAUUAUCUCUGGUCUGCUACCAUCAACACCAGCAGCCUCGGUAUGCGCCGAAAUAGGAGAACCUCCGUUUGACAUUUUUGUGGACGCGGCGAUAGUUUCCAGAACUGCGAGCUUUCUCGCUAAAACCAGUGGAGGUAAGGAGACACACCUGACUGUCUUAACGAACGAAAUCUUGCAGCAGGUGACACACUCAAACCUCCCAUCGAUAGCUAAACAGCUUUGGUUUGAGACUAACGACUGGAGGUUGCCGGUGGUCCAAGUGGAUGAUACAAUCAGGAACAACUUUCGAGCUGGGGCGAGCUCUGUGGGUCUGAAGCAAACCUUUGUCGAACUUGUCUCAAGAAAAUAUCACAAUUAUGAAAUUCGAUACACGGACGGUUCCAAAGGGAUGCAAGGAGUUGGUUUCGGGGUAAGCGGUCAUAAUAACUCUCUUAUUUCUAGCAAGAAGCUCGUCGACAUUUGCCAGGUUUUCUCGGCCGAAGCUGCCGGAAUAUUUGAAAAUGCCACUAUACCGUCAAGCAAAUCGAUCCUGAUAGUUACCGACUCGGCUAGCGUCAUCGAUGCCGUUGGCGCGGCUAUAACUAGGCACCCAUGGAUACAAGCUAUCAGGAGGUAUCUGCUGCCGGAUACAGUCCUCAUGUGGGUCCCCGGACAUAGUGGUAUAUGUCCGCGGACACAGUGGUCCCCGGACAUAGCGGCAAUGAAGCGGCCGACCGUUUUGCUGGAAUCGGUCACCUUGGACAACUUUUGA